UGACCAGGCGGGGGCGGUGCUGAGCAGAUCCGGAGGCGCAGGCGCACUUGUGGCCUCGCGUCCGCCGCGUCCGGGGUUGACGUUUCCCAGUGGAGGCGGGGACAGACGGUCUGCAGAUGGCCCCGCUCCCGGGGGCAGAGCUGGUCCAGAGGCCCCUGCAGCUCUACCGAUACCUGCUGCGCUGUUGCCGACAGUUGCCCACCAAGGGCAUGCAGGAGCAUUACAAACACGCUGUCAGGCAGAGUUUCCGGGUUCAUUCAGAUGAAGACAAUCCUGAGAGAAUCCAGCAGAUUAUUAAAAGAGCCAUUGAAGAUGCCGACUGGAUCAUGAACAAAUAUAAAAAACAAAACUGAGGCUCAGAGUGGAGCUGUCCUGAAGACUUCACUGCUCCUGGAACUAAUCAGCAGCAGCAGUUCCGGACCAUCCAUCGGUCUCGUUGGUGAGAGAGCAGGAACUCAGCAACAGAAGAAGCUGACAUUUGCUCAGACGGCUCUUCUCGCCAUGUUCGUGUCUCCAGUGACCUUUAUCUUUGCUUUUCCAGCUGGUGUGAUGUGAGAUUUGGGGAGAAUGUGUUUCUUCACUUUGCUGUGGAAGUGAUUCAUUUAUUCUGGACGUCAUUCUUUGAGACCCGGAGUGGGCGUCCCCUCGGAUGGCAGCCUGUGUAGAGGACAGGGCAUGGAUUUCAGAACCAGACAGAGCUGGAUUUGAAUCCCAGCUCAGUGGAUUUUCAAGGGUGUUGACUUUGAGCUCGGUUUCCUCCCUUGUGAGAAUUAAAUAAGAUGAAGCCAAAGAGCCUAUCACA